UUAUCUUUAUUCGCCAACAAGUCUUGGGUACAAGCUGGAAGAAGUGGUUAAUGAAGGUUACGCUCCUCAAAGCUCAACACUCGAAUCCGAGGUUUCACCUGCUAAUGUUGUGAGUACGCCGUACACUCCUCCGGAAGUUGACUCUCACCUAAAACUGACCGUGGAAAAUGAGUCUCAUCCUGAUUCGGACAAUGAGUAUCGUGUGAAACCGCUUGUUGAUCCAACUACACCUAUCUAUGCUCCGUCGAGAACUGCUCUCGAAAACGAAGUCAGUGAUGUCGAAGGUGAUGAGGCGGUAGUAUUGGGGAUAUCUCCAAAGGUCGUAAGGCCCCAAUCUCCCCUGGACAAUAAAGAUCACUCCACUUCUGAUGUUGAUGAGGGUACAGGAGUCUUCGAUGAGGAAGACAGGGGUGAGGGGGAUUUCGAGGGCUUUGAUGGAGAAUUGGAAGGCACCAAGGGAAUGAUUGCGGAUAUUUUCGGUGAAAGUGAUGCAGACGAGGAGGAAGAAUUCGAAGGUUUUGCGGAAAAUGAAGUUGAGAACGACAUGGCAGCUUCAAGUGCUGUACCUGCACCAACUGAUAUGGUGGAACGCGAAGGAAUGGAGGAUUCCGGUGGACAUCAACAGCUGCAGGUGGACGAUGACAACGAGGCGGAAGGUGGGGAUGAGUUUGUCUCCGACUUUGACCGGAUCAUGAGUCGUCGGCGUGAAGAAACGCGUCGGAAACGGAGACUUGGAAAGGACGAUGAAUUCCUUAAUGAUAGUGACGAUAUUAUUCGAGAAACAAUCACUAGAAUGCAAGCUGCUGCAGAGGAGGAUCGUCGCCUUAUGAAUAAAAAUAGACCGGCCACGAAGAAACUGAGCAUGCUCAAUAUAGUUAGUAGUUUACUUAAAAAGGCGGAUAUGAAAUCUGCUUUGAUUGACAAUGGCAUGCUUAGUGCCAUCACAGAUUGGCUGUCCCCAGUUUGCGGUCAAACCUUGCCAAAUGUUAUUAUCAGGGAAACACUUUUACGACAUCUUAGCGAGUUUCAUAUUCAAGAACCUGACCUGCUACGUGAAUCGGGCAUCGGGAAAGCAGUUAUGUAUUUGUAUAUGCAUCCCAGGGAAACACGAGCAAAUAAGAAGCGCGCCGGACACCUAAUUAAUGAAUGGUCACGACCGAUCUUCAAUUUAACUAGCGAUUAUCGGACCCUUUCUAAGGAGGAACGUAAACAGUUGGAUUAUGAACACUUGCCAAAACGUCGUAACUAUGGUAAUGAAAUGGUGAACCACCGGGAUCUCAAUCGUGAAAUGGUUGAACAGCAGGGGGCUCUUCGACCUGGCGAUCCAGGAUGGGUAAAUCGUGCUCGUGUUCCACAGCCCUCCAAUAAGGAUUACGUUGUGCGGCCUAAGUGGAAUGUCCCUGCCAACCCCUCGGGCUCUGACGACGAAGACGAGGAGGAGGGCGAGAGCAAAGGCAGUCAGCGCCCCGCACGAAGACAGCGAGUGCACCAAUCCCGUUUCUUUAAGAAAUCCACGGACACUGGAGGUACCUCCUCUCGCAUAGAAACCCACAUCCGGGCGCUGGCCAAAAAAGCAGCGUUGCAGAAAAGUUCCCGUUUCGUCCGUGCAGUGCCCAUGUCUGUCGAAGGCAGGAAGAUGUCCCUCUAG